CCCCCGCCGAGCCGUCAGCUCAUCGCACGUUCGCCGCCCUUAAGCCGGCCGAAUAUACGUACCACGCCGCUCAUCGCCGCCACUACCCCACCCAACACUCUUUCUCCCCGGGACUAUGGCCGGCAUUAGGAAGAGGCAGACUGGCAUUGCGCGUCGCAGGAGACUAGACGACGAGGACAGCCGCUCUGUGGCGACGGAGGGCGCCGAGGACUCCCAGAGCGACAUUUCGGUGCCCAGCGACGUGGACGAGGAUGCCGACGCAGACAACAGCGACCUGAGCGAGGUGGACAGCUCUGCCUCGCUCACAGACGGCAAGGCCAAGCGGAAAGCAAAUGGUGCCCGAGACGCAAAACCGCGGGCAGACGUCACCACUCGGCGGGUGCCUUCCCCGCCCAUUGCAAGGUCUGACGCAACCUUCACGGCAACCAAGGACACGGAGAUAAUGCUGAAUGGCCUUGCCAUCGCAGACAAGGCCGCCGAAGAUGAAGUGCUAGAUUUCGAGACAGGCCAAGCCGUGGGCGCUUCAGCACCUGCGGUCGCUGCUCCAGAUCGCUCUGAAACGUUUGCAGAACGGAAGAGAAGGGAGCACGAAGAGUACAAAAAGAAAAGGGAUUCGGAUCCGGCCUUCAUCCCAAACCGUGGCGCCUUCUUCAUGCACGACCAGCGAUCCGCGCCUGCCCAGAACGGCUUCAGACAAUUUGGCGGGAGAGGCGGGAGGGGAGGCGGCAUGGGUGGGCCCUUUGCACCGGCGAGCAUGAGGAAACCAGGUGCAGAAGCAACCGAUUCGCCGUGGCAGCACGAUCUGCACGAAACCGUCAACGAGGCCAACGCCCAGAACCCCCCUUCACAAGCUCAGCCUGCACACUCUGGCGGAUCUGUACAACAAGGGCUGGCUCCUAUGCAACAAUAUGGGAGAGUGCAAGCACAGCCGGCGCCGAAACCGCCGCAGACGCGCAACUUCUCUACUACGCGGCAUACCCACAAUGCGCUUGUCCGAGUAUUCCUGCCAACGAUGAAGGAGCCGAUCCUGUUCCAGAAUGUUCCCAUCAAACAACACACACGUCUGCCCAACCACCGGCCGCCCCUUCGCCGCGACAAGCCUGUGCGCAUCUCGUUACCCCCUUCUGCACCACGAUACAUCUUCCCGACGGUCGAACGAUCCUUCAUAUUCAUACCACGAGCGCUCAGGCCCAACCAGCAAGGCUUUGGACGAGGAAGGGGGCGCGGUUUUGGUUCCUUUGGCGGUGGCUUCUCCAGCCGAAGGACCAGUGCAUAUGGUGGCAGCGUUUACUCGCCAAGCGUAGCAAUGAGCAGACGGUCAUCCAUGGCCCGCGAGAUGGGUCGAGAUAGUCUGGUCUCCCCGGCCGGGUCUAUCAUGUCUCGCGGAGGUUACGAUCCUUCGCGCCCGGUUGUUCGACUCCCGCCUGGAGGCCCCAAACUUCCCAAUGCACCACCCGUUAUCUCACCGCAAAGUGCAACCCCGUCGGGCGGGUUUCAGCAAUCCUACCCGCUUCCCCAGAAGCCGACCUUCCGCGAGAACUGGACUCAAGGCCAAAUUCCCAUGCACCAGCCCCGUCCUCAGAAGACUGUCUCAGUCGCCGGCAUCGAGUCGCCGGCGUCGAUGACUUUCAAUCCGCCGCAGCAACAAGAGCAGCAGCCAUUCCACCAGCAGAUUCCUGCACACGCACAUGGAGGAGCGCCGCCCACCGAGCCCCAACCUUUUUAUCCUCACACCCGCCAGCCAUCGUUUCCCACUCAGACUUCGACCGGCACACCAUUGUCCAACAUCCCGGAAAGGGCUAUUCACGCUCCAGCCUUCCAGCCGUUCCAGCCUGGGUACCAGCCGCAAAACUUUGCGGUGCCUCAGGGCUACUACUACCCGCAGAACGCUCAACCUCCGUACAUGCCUCCCGGCGGUAUGGUGCCUAUGUUCGUGCCGAACGCGCAACAAGGUGGCUACGUCAUGCCUAUGGCUGCACCUCCUGCACCUGCUGCUCCAGCGCCUGCUCCCGCGCCUGCUCCCGCACCCGCUCCUGCUGUCCAGCCUAGUCAAGUGGCCUAUGAGUCGAACGGCAUGACUUACUAUGUUGAUCCUACGCAGCUAUACACUUCGCCCAUGGAAGGCUAUCCACAAGCCAGCUACGCAGUUCCCGGCAUGGGUGGAAUGAUGACACCUGGUCCUCCCGAUGCUGCAUACUACUACCCACAGCAGAUGCAGCCAGCACCUUUCUACCAACCCCAGUAGUGCGGGGACUCUGCCGCGCUAGAGCCGAAGGUACAACUUGGGACGCAUUGGGCCUUGAGACGUUUCCCGCCGACAGAAGAGGAUUGGAACAUCGCAUCUCGCGUUGUGGAUGUUCGCCCUCCUCACGUCACGAUCGCACCCUAUUUGACCAAGCGCUUAUAUCACCUCCUCUAUCCAGAAAUCUUGGAAGCCCCAGAGAGCGGAGAGACCACCGAACAACUCAAAAAGCUCAGUCUCCAU